CGCACACGUGGACGGUGGAUAUUCGAAGCCAAUGCGAGUGCGAAGCUUCCUGUUUCUACUCCUUACCAAAACGAUAAGAAAAAUUGCAGUUCGUCGGGUAUUUCUACCGUUGAAAAUUUUCUGAACCUCUCGCCUUGGUUCUUGCCUUGAAGUGAGCAACAUGGGUACGAGACUCAAACUUUGUGCAGCCGUUCUUUUCAUUUGCUUCCUUAUGUUUCCAAUGGUUUUUUCUGCAUCCAAUGAUGGGAAGGUUAGAAUUGGACUUAAAAGGAGGAAGUUUGGCCUAAACAGAGUUGCUAGCAAGAUUGCAAACAAGGAAGGAGUUUCCUUGAAAGAUUCUGUUGAGAGUGCGAAUUUGGGAGGUUCGGAUGAUAUUGAUAUUGUUGGAUUGAAGAAUUACUUGAAUGCUCAGUAUUUUGGUGAGAUUGGUAUUGGUACUCCCCCUCAGAAGUUUACUGUUGUUUUUGACACUGGUAGUUCAAAUUUGUGGGUUCCAUCAUCCAAGUGCUUCUCUGUUGCUUGUCUACUCCAUUCCAAGUACAAGUCAAAGCGUUCAAGUACUUAUAAAAAGAAUGGUAAACCUGCUUCGAUCAAAUAUGGGACUGGUGCUAUUUCUGGCUACUUUAGUGAAGACAAUGUUAAAGUUGGCGACCUAAUAAUUAAGAAACAGGAUUUUAUCGAGGCAACUAGGGAACCCAGCCUCACGUUUGUACUUGCCCAAUUUGAUGGCAUAUUGGGACUUGGCUUUAAAGAGAUCUCAGUUGGAGAUGCAGUGCCUGUAUGGUACAACAUGGUUGACCAAAACCUUGUAAAGGAGCCUGUUUUCUCUUUUUGGUUUAAUCGAAAUGUGGAUGAGGAACAAGGUGGUGAAAUUGUCUUUGGUGGUGUGGAUCCUAAUCACUACAAGGGGGAGCAUACAUAUGUUCCAGUUACUAAAAAAGGAUAUUGGCAGUUUGAUAUGGGCGACGUCCUGAUCAAUGGCAGUACAACAGAAUUUUGUUCAGGUGGUUGCUCAGCCAUCGCUGAUUCAGGAACUUCUUUGUUGGCUGGUCCAACGGCUAUAAUUACUCAAGUUAAUCAUGCCAUUGGAGCCUCGGGGGUUGUAAGUGAGGAAUGCAAGGCUGUAGUUGCAGAAUACGGUGAAACCAUAAUUAAAAUGCUGUUAGCAAAGGAUCAACCAAAGAAAAUCUGCUCUACACUUGGCUUGUGUACUUUUGAUGGGGAGCGAGGUGUAAGUAUGGGCAUUGAGAGCGUUGUCGAUAACACCACUAGUAAAUCUUCGAAUGGUUUGCGUGAUGUUAUGUGCAACGCAUGUGAGAUGGCAGUUGUAUGGGCACAAAGCCAGCUGAAGAAUGAGCAAACACAAGACCAGAUUCUCAAUUAUAUAGAUGGGCUCUGCGAGAAGUUGCCCAGUCCAAUGGGAGAAUCAGUAAUCGAUUGUGAUUCCUUGUCUACUUUGCCUAGUAUUUCAUUUACUAUUGGUGGAAAGGUCUUUGAGCUUAAGCCUGAACAGUACGUGCUCAAAGUCACCGAGGGACCUGUAACUGAAUGCAUCAGUGGAUUUGCAGCUUUGGACGUGCCGCCUCCACGGGGACCGCUCUGGAUCUUGGGGGAUGUUUUCAUGGGUUCCUACCAUACUGUAUUUGACUAUGGAAACUUGAGAGUUGGAUUUGCUGAAGCUGCUUAAAAUGCUCUAAAUUUAAACUUGCUUUGUUUCUUCAAGUUGGCCAGCUUCCACGGCUCUUCUUUGUCAAUAAACUUAUAGUAGUUCAUGUAAAUAUGUAUUAGCAUCACUUUACUUUAUGUGGAAAUGGACUGUAUACUUAAAAAAACACCGUUAGGAUAUUUGGGAAUGUUAACAAGUUGGGAUUUACAUGCCACCAUCUAUUUAAAAGUGGACUUGGUACUCUUAUUGAUGAUCUUUCAA